UCCGCCUGGGAGCCGGCGGUAUUUGAACCCCUCGCGGCGCUCGCCUGGAGGAAGGAAAGGGCUGCUUCGCCGCGACGGAAGCCAUGCAUUCCUGCAGAGUCUGAAGGCGAUUCAGAUUAAGGAUGGUCCAGCUAGUGCAAGAUAUUGGCUGCUGGUUCCUGCUUGGCUACCUCCUCCCUCUCUCCGUUCUGGGUUCACAGGACCCUGGGAAAGUGAUCCAUAUCAACAAAGUCAGCCACCAGCCAGUGCGGGUCGGGCUGGCAGAAUCGGUCUCCCUGCCGUGCCUGUUUCUCUUGCAAGGCUCCAUCCCCCCAAACCCCGGUGAAUGGUCUGAUCCCCCCCGUAUCAAGUGGAGCAAAGUACAGUCUGCCACCGGACAGCCGGAAGAUCUCUCCGUGCUGGUAGCCAAGGAUAAUGUGGUGAAGAUCUCCAAAAACUACGAGGGUAGAGUCGCCUUGCCCGGAUAUCCCCAGCACCGAGAAAACGCCACCCUCUUGUUUCUGUCUGCUCGGGCCAGCGAUGCAGGACUUUAUCGUUGUGAGAUUGUCACUGGGAUUCAUGAUGAGCAAGACUUGGUCCCUCUGGAAGUCACAGGUGUGGUUUUUCACUACCGUGCGGCUAGCAACCGCUACACUUUGACUUUCUCAGAGGCGCAGAAGGCCUGUGACGAGAACUCGGCGGUCAUUGCUUCUCCUGCUCAUCUUGAGAAGGCCUUUGAGGAUGGUUACGACAACUGUGACGCCGGAUGGCUCUCCGACCACACUGUUAGGUAUCCCAUCACCCUGUCAAGACCUGGUUGCUAUGGAGAUCGCAACAGCCUCCCAGGGGUCCGCAGCUAUGGCAAGAGAGAUGUCAAAGAAGCAUACGAUGUCUACUGCUUCUCCAGAGAACUCCAAGGAAAAGUGUUUUACGCAACCAGCCCAGGUCGGCUGACCUUUCAAAUGGCCCAGAAGCACUGCCUGAGUCGAGGGGCUGAACUGGCAACCACGGGGCAGUUAUAUCUCGCCUGGCAGGAAGGACUGAACCAGUGUGACCCAGGAUGGCUGGCUGACGGAAGUGUGCGCUAUCCAAUCCGAAUCCCACGGAAGAAAUGUGGCGGAGAGGAACCUGGUGUAAGGACCACCUAUCAAUUCUCAAACCGGACUGGCUUCCCGGAUCCAGCAUCCAAAUUUGAUGCUUACUGCUACAAAGGUUUGUAGGAUUUGGGGGGGGUUAGUUUUUUUUUUUUUUUUAAAUUAUAUCUCAAUUUUUAUUUCAUUGUCUUGAUUUGGAUCCUGCUUGCUUGAAAUAUCCUGGGUAUGAUGCAAACUCCUUGUUGCAAUCUCCUUUUAAAAAAGGGUUUAAAAGCACAGAGGGACUGCCCAUAUUUUAUAGAUGCUUCCAGAAUAUGUGUUUCUCCCUGUAUUAUCAUAUCUUACAUCUUUGAUUUGGUUUUCGGUGUCAUCCAGUUGACUGAUGGAUUAUGUGUCAUCAGGUCAUUUCCAACUCCUAGUGACCACAUCACUGGAGGGUUUUAAGAAGAGACUGGACAAUCAUUUGUCUGAGAUGGUAUAGGUUCUC